ACUUUGGAGGCAGCGAGCCCUCACUUCCGCCGUGUCUGCCUGUUAGCGCAGCUAGCUUGGCCCACAGGCGACCCUGUUGGUGGCAAAGAGGAUCAAUUGAACUCCCGGACGUCGAUUGCGAUAGUGGCGGGCAACCGGUCGUCUUGUCGCUGGAACGUAGCCUUUCCCGCCAGGCUGAAUGCUUCCGGACCCGGUCUAAUUCCUGGUGCUCCUCCUCUUUUCCCUCCCCUCCCCCACCCCCAACCCCUCCAUCCUGAGACCCUCCCCCAGGUGUAUGAAUGAAGACCCCCUUCAAGAGCCCAGAGGGGGCGCGGCCCCGAACGGACGGAGGACAUUCGGGCGUGUCCGCCAGCAUGAUGAAGAAGAAGAACCCACACAAGAAGCAGAGGUGCGUGGCCCCCAGUAGGACCCUGUCACCCCCCAAGAGGAACAUGGUGGGAUGCAGGAUCCAGCACAUCUGGAAGGAGGGCAGCAAGUCGUCCCAGUGGAAGGGGACGGUGCUGGACCAGGUUCCGGUGAACCCGUCCCUCUACCUCAUCAAGUACGACGGCUUCGACUGCAUCUACGGCCUGGAGCUGCACAGCGACCAGCGCGUGCUGGGCCUGGAGGUUCUUCCCGACCCCGUAGCACCGGCACGGGUAAGCGACGCGCCGCUGGCCGACGCCAUGAUCGGGAAGGCGGUGGAGCACAUGUUCGAGACGGAGGACGGGCCCAAGGAGGAGUGGCGCGGGAUGGUCCUGGCUCGGGCCCCCAUCAUGACGUCGUGGUUCUACAUCACCUACGAGAAGGACCCGGUCCUCUACAUGUACCAGCUGCUGGACGACUACAAGGAGGGAGACCUGCGCAUCAUGCCCGACUCCAACGACAACGCGGCGGCGGAGCGCGAGCCCGGCGAGGUGGUGGACAGCCUGGUGGGCAAGCAGGUGGAGUACGCCAAAGAGGACGGCGGCAAGCGUUCGGGGAUGGUCAUCCAUCAGGUGGAGGCCAAGCCCUCCGUCUACUUCAUCAAGUUCGAUGACGACUUCCACAUCUACGUGUACGACCUGGUCAAGACCUCCUAAGGCGCCGUACCAAACGGGACUCGCAUCCAUCCCCCUCCCCUCCCCACGCCACCCC